AGGCAACAGAACAAAAUUGGCGAACGCACACUUCAGUGAGAGUCGCACUCGUUCUGUGAAACCAAGAAGAUGUGGCGCACGUUAGACGCCCACCUCAGGACUCUGCGACUUCCUUCUUCGCUCUCUUCCUCAACACUGACUUCUCCAUAUUCUUCUGCUUCGUUCUGUACAAUUCUCUCUCAAUCACGCAGGCUCAAGCCUCAAACCCUUAUUCCUCCCAAACCUCAAUCUUCUUUAUCUUUUCUCAGAAGCUACGUAUCCUUCGCUGACACUUCCGUUUCGCCUAUUCCGGUGACCCGAAAUUUCGGGUCGGGUAUCAGUUUGCUGGUCGUGCGGUGCGUUUCUUCGGUCAGUUCCGUUAAUAACUUGACCUGGAAUGACUCCGUUUCUUGCUCUGAGGUUGCCGACGGCGACGAUGGAGGCAUUGCGGAGGAUACGAAACUUCAUAUUCCUGUCAAGGCUUAUUUCUUUUCCACCAGUGUUGAUUUAAAAAGCUUGGUGGAUCAGAACAAACCAAAUUUUGUCCCGCCAUCAUCACGGAUGACUAAUUACGUUGUUUUCAAGUUUGGCAAUCUUUUGGAUUCCAGGGUUCCAGGUGCUUCCUGCUUGAGUGGAAGCAACUGUUAUUACAUGGUUGUUUUCCAAUAUGGCUCAAUCGUCUUGUUUAAUGUCCCUGAGAAUGAGGUCGAUGGUUAUCUUAAAAUUGUUGAAAGACAUGCUUCUGGCUUGCUUCCUGAAAUGAGAAAGGAUGAGUAUGAAGUAAGAGAAAAACCUGCUUUAAGUACAUGGAUGCAAGGUGGGCUGGAUUACAUAACGUUACAGUACUUGAAUGUUGAUGGGAUCCGUACUAUUGGUAGCGUUCUUGGUCAAAGUAUUGCACUUGACUAUUAUGGAAGACAGGUUGAUGGAAUGGUUGCAGAAUUUACUGACAUAAACCGAGAGAUGGAAAUGACGGGAAAAUUUAAAAUGCAGAGGAAAAAGCUAUUCCAGUUGGUGGGAAAGGCAAAUUCAAAUCUUGCUGAUGUAAUUCUUAAGCUUGGGCUAUUUGAGAGAUCAGAUAUUGCUUGGAAAGACGCCAAAUAUGCUCAGAUAUGGGAGUAUCUCAGGGAUGAAUUUGAGCUAACUCAGAGAUUUGCGAGUCUUGAUUUUAAGUUGAAGUUUGUGGAGCACAAUAUUCGAUUUCUUCAAGAAAUUCUUCAAAAUAGGAAAUCAGAUUUUCUAGAGUGGCUCAUCAUUGCAUUGAUUGGUGUGGAAAUUCUUCUCUCUCUCUAUGAUAUUUUCCACCGCUCCACCCAGAAUCUCUAGCCUUUGUUCCUUAAGUUGACAUGAAAAUUGAAAAAUGACAUGCUUUCAAGAAAGAUGUAGCAGUAGCUGUUUUCCAUUUUGCUCAAACACUGAUUGCUUAUCAUACCAAUACAAUUUUGUAUCCUGUGUAUAUAUAUGAUAUAUCUGUUCUAGCCUUUUUCUUUGUUUCAA